AUGAGUAACUUUAUCAACAGUUUGUUGUAUGGGUUCACCAACAUCCUUUCUGUUGGACCUGAACCACCCAGAGAAGGAGAAGAAAGUGGUUGUACUGGUUCAGACGGACAAGGUUGUUGUAAAGACCAACCUAAGCAAGAAACCAGCGGUUGUUGUCAAACAAAACAAGUAGAAGAAGGUUGUUGUGGAGGCAAAGGAGACGCAUGUGCAUGUGAAUCUACCAAUGGACCUGUUGUUAUUGACAACUUAAAAAUCCUUUUUUCUACCCUCACCGGCACAGCAAAGACAUUGGCUACCGAAAUGCAGAAAAAGAUUGAAGAAAACGAUCAUGUGACUGUUGAAAAGUUAGAAGUGAUGGACAUUACUGAAUAUGACAAUGACCAGCUCUUGCAGGAAACAGCUGUUUGUGUCUUCAUCUUGUCCACCUACAAUGUGGAAGGACCGUUGGAUUGGUUUACCAAUUGGCUUCAUGAUCUUCGUUAUGAUUUCCGUGUAGAUCGUGAUGCACUCAAAAAGCUUCGUUAUACUGUAUGUGGUUUGGGCGAUUCAGCUUAUGGUGAAGAAUUCAAUAUUGCUGCUGCCAACAUUGAUAAAUGGCUUGGAAGAUUGGGUGCUACUCGUAUUUAUCCCCUAGGUGAAUGUGACAAAAACUCAGAUCAAAAGGCACAAUUUGAUGUCUGGUCUAAUGGAUUUGUAUCUGAAUUACAAGAUAAGCACAGUUUGGAAUUCUCGCCUACCAACAUUGCUUUCCAAUCUGAUGACGAAGAAGAAGAAGAAGAACAAGAAGAAGCUCAAAUUGACAUUGAUGGUGGUAGUGGUGAUGAAAUGGUUGAUUUGGAAGAUAUGGGCAACAUGGCAUCCAAGAUCAAAGCAGCUAAAGCCAAACGUGCUGAAGAGGAUGAAGAGUAUGAGAACAGUAAGGCAAGACCCAGACGUCAAAUCGGCUCUGAUGAUACUGUUAAGAAGACUAUUCAGCCCCGUGAAAUGGUAUCACCCAUGAUUCACAAGAACUUGACAAAACAAGGCUACAAAGUAGUUGGAUCUCAUUCGGGUGUCAAGAUCUGUCGUUGGACAAAAUCAGCUUUGCGUGGCCGUGGUUUCUGUUAUAAACAUGCUUUUUACGGUAUUCAAUCUCACUUGUGUAUGGAAACUACACCUUCAUUAGCAUGCGCCAACAAAUGUGUGUUCUGUUGGAGACAUCAUACAAAUCCUGUUGGCACUACGUGGCGUUGGAAGGUAGACGAUCCUCAAUUUAUUUUGGAUGGUGCUAUCGAAAACCACUACAAAAUGAUCAAGCAACUAAAAGGUGUACCUGGUGUGAAGGCUGAACGUUUCCAAGAAGCAUUUACCAUCCGUCACUGUGCUUUAUCACUUGUAGGUGAACCUAUUUUCUAUCCUCAUAUCAACGAAUUUGUUACCAAAUUACACGAAAACAACAUCUCAUCUUUCUUGGUGACCAAUGCUCAAUUCCCAGACAAGAUUGCUGAGAUGGUUCCUGUCACACAACUCUACGUCAGUGUAGAUGCUGCCACAAAAGAAAGCUUAAAGAAAAUCGAUCGUCCUUUGUUCAGAGACUUUUGGGAACGAUUCUUGAACUGUUUAGAACAAUUGUCGCUCAAGGGACAGCGUACUGUCUACCGUAUGACAUUGGUUAAGGGACACAAUACAGCUGAAAUUGAUGGCUAUGUUGAAUUGAUUCGUCGUGGCAAGCCUUCCUUUAUUGAAGUGAAGGGUGUCACUUACUGUGGUUAUAGUGGUGCCAGUGACUUGACCAUGGCUAACGUUCCUUUCCAUGUCGAAGUCAUUGAUUUCUGUCGUCAAUUGGUUGCUAAAUUGGACGGUGACUAUGAGAUUUCUGCUGAACAUGCUCAUUCUUGUUCUCUUUUGAUUGCUCACAAGAGUUUCAAGGUGAAUGGUGAAUGGCACACCCAUAUUGAUUAUCCAAAGUUCUUUGAACUCGUCAAGAGUGGUAAGUCAUUUAACAGUUUGGACUACAUGGCCAAAACUCCUGAAUGGGCUCUUCAUGGUCAUGAAGCCGCUGGCUUUGAUCCUAAUGAAACACGCCAUUACCGUAAAAACAGAAAAAUAGUUACACCACCUGUCAUUCCUGCAGUUGAAACUGCUUAA